CGUUGGAUCUUCGGCCCCUGCACUCGAGCAAUGCCGAAGUCAUGGGGUCCUUAUUACUGCACAGGUGUCCGAGGCACAGGUUGUUGCUGGUCACGGUGUUAUGCGCGACUUUUCUUUGCUUAGCUUUCGUGAGCUUCGUUGACCGAUGGACCCCAAAGAAUCUGCAUCAACGGAAGCCUAAAAAAGUGAAUGACCCCACUUCGCUAAGAAGCGAACAGCUAUUCAGUGAACGGCAAUGGGAAUCGGAAUACCAAAGAAGGGUUCAGCGAGUAAGAGACGUGUGCGAGAAAGACGAAAUCGUCGCCAUGAGACGUGUUUGGCGAGUUGCAGCCAACAGACGUUUCGGCAAAGAGACACACUGCAAGACGAGGAUGUGUCCCAUUAUCCUAGACGAAUCGAAAGUGCUGUUCUUCUGUUUCAUUCCUAAAGUAGCCUCUACAUUGGUAAAGAGAUUUUUCCUCAAUAUAUCCGGAAUAAACUUGGAACCAUCACUGCAAGACAACGAUACAGCGUUGCAUUUAAUUGCUAACAAUCAGCUCAGAAGAAUAAGUCCCAUGUACUACCCUUCGACGACGAUACACAGGUUUUUUAAGAUCAUCUUCGUCCGUCAUCCUUUCGACCGAUUGGUGUCAGCUUUCCGAAGCAAAGCAGAACCUCCAAGAGAAGAAGUUCGUUACUUCUAUGACAGGUACUGGGAUCCUAUCAUCAAGAAGCUUCGCCCCAAUAACACCAACUCACCAAUAACCUUCACAGAAUUCGUCUGGUACCUCACUCACGUGACAGAAAGAGAUUUCGACGAACACUGGGCACCAUACUGGAGCAGAUGUGAUCCUUGCUUGGUGGAUUACGACUUCAUUGGCAAACUAGAAACUGCUAAACAUGAUUUUCCAUACGCUUUCGAUAAAGUGGAGAUUCGGUCUGAGGCUGCAUGGUGGGACAAUGUCCAGACUACAUCUCGUUCAUUGACACUAAAAUAUUUUGCUACAGUUCCUCAAGAUUACAUUAAGAAGUUAUAUCAGAUUUACAGACUGGAUUUUGAGCUAUUUGGUUAUACUGUCGAUGAGUUUCUAAUCCAGAAUAAUACAAUGGCUGAAAAAUGAUCAGUUACAAACAAAUAAAUAAAUUACCAAAUUUGUGACACGUCGGAGCUUCAUUUCGAGAUGUAGUAAGUGUUUUGGAUUCCGAAGAUUCAAUUUUGGAUACAGCAAGUUUGGUUAUGAGUACUAUGGAGACUAUAGAUAUCGCUUAAGGAAAGUUCCUCUGAACAAAUGAAGUAUUCAUCAUGAGCUCCACAGGUUGUCUACAGAAUCUAUAUUGAAUGUCUGUGGUGUUUGCAGAGUCAAAACCCGCAAAGAAUGGUGAUGGAAAAUAAGCGAGUUCAAAAAAGGUGACGAGGAACGUUCGCCUUUUCCAGAAAUCCAACAAAUAUAUUUUUCCCAAGAGUAAAAAUCAGAUCAAGUACAAAAAUCAAUGAAACACAAUUUAAUGAUUGUCAAUUACAAAA